AUGAAUCCUCAAUCUGAUAUGCAUAUAGACUGUAAACAAUUUAAAGAUGUAGAUAUAGAUACAGACUGUACACAAUUUAAGGAACAUCAAAGCCAUCUCCCUGUUGUUUUUACAAGUAACACAAUAUUUCACCGGAACAAUGUUUCAGAAAAUGGUUUAAAAGUCUCUAGGUUACACAAAAUUGAUAAAAAUAAUAAAGAUAUCAGAUCAUUGAAUGAAACAUGUUCUUCUUUAAAGCGCCUAUCUGUUCGUUCUAUUACACUUCAUUCCUCAAAUGAAAAAAAUUGCUUAGAAAACAAGUACAGCGAAUUUUUUAAUCAUAAAUCAAAGAAGACUAAUCAAAUGGAUGAGAACUAUCAAAAAAUGCAAGAAAUGAAGAAUUUAGCAUACCUUGCUAUGCAGAAUAACAAAGUGUUUGUUUGUAAUGGACCAUAUGCAUCUUUGCGCAAAGCUUUACGUAGAAGAGGAUGGGUUGAGCAACGGUUUAAAGCAAUCAAUUCAUUAACUCAAGAAUGUCCAGAUUCAGAGUUAAAUGAAGAUACAUUUGGUGAAAAUCUAAAUGAGCAAUAUUUUGAAAUUAUGUCAUGGUUGGUUAGAAAUGCUGUUCCUACAUUUAUAUGGACUCUUAAGCGCGAUGACAUUGGCUUUCGUUCUUUGCAUAAGGAUCAAAUUAUAAAUCAUUACACUUGUGCUUGGGCAUUUACUACAAAAUCAGGCUUAUGCUCACAUCUCAGAAAUCUCCAUCACUUUGAUGAUCUUAAUGCCAACAGUUUUUCUCCUAGAUGUUAUAGACUUUGUUGUCAGCACGAAAGAGAUGAAUUUAUUGAUGAUUUUAGAAUAGCAGCAGCUCAAGGACUGUUAAAAAUUGUUUUCGGAGAAAGUGAGAAGUGGGCAUUAAUUAAAAAUUCUGAAAAUGUUAGUAUGGAAAAUAUGUCUAAAUGUAUCAAACAAAGUUUGUCGCCAAUGCUCCUUGAAAUAGCCAUAAAAGCUUGUCAUUUAUAUCUUGAAAGCAAAGCACAUCUGGAUAUUGAAGAAGACAAUAACGAGCAUAUAAGUGAUGGUUUAUGGAAUUCACUUUUAGAAUAUUAUUACAAAGUAGCAAGAAACAAUUUCUAUAUUGAAAAUGGAUGGCAGUAUCAAAAUGAAUGCAAAACUGUUUUAAACAAACUAAGCAGCUACUUUCCUCAGAUGAAAAUUGAUGGUUGUCAAAACCUAUGGAUUUUGAAGCCUGGUGCAAAAUCGCGAGGUAGAGGUAUUGAAAUUAUGAAUUGUUUGGAUACCAUCCUCAAACUUUCAAGUGACAAUGUUUCCAAAAAAGAAAAUCGGUUGGUUAUACAAAAGUACAUUGAGAAAGCUGUCGCUAUCAUCUACGAUCUGCUAAUAGCUGCUAAUCUUCAUGUACCAAAUCAUUCUUCUGUAAAAUAUGGUCUAAAAUCCAUAAAAUACCAAAGUGUAAAAUCAUGGAACAGUCUACCUAGCAAGAUAUUAUACCUGAAGACUCUGAAAUAUGUUGUUAUGCUUUUAUUAUUACUACUUUCUUGA